AUGUGUUCCCCAUCACCAUGCUCAUGGCAUCAAGGAGACAAAUGGCAGAAAUUGCUGCAAAUUUACGAUGGGAUUGCCGAAACCAUGUUUGAGGAAUCCCGCGUCAUUGCAACCCGUUUUGGCAAGACGCAAGUACACACCAGUGGCAAUCCCAACCACCCCAAGUUGGUAUUCUUUCAUGGAAUCAGCACCAACUCACUCAUGUUUGGAGACUGGCUGUUUCCAGAAUUGUCCAAGCAGUACUUUUGCAUUGCCAUUGACACUAUUGGUGACCUUGGCAGGAGCUGUCCUCGCGAUGGAGAUCCUUCCAACGGCCCAGGUAAUGAACAGGAAAUGGCCGAUUGGGUCAUGGAAGUAUUGGAUCAGUGUGGUACAACACAGAAAACAGUGGAAAAAGUGGACAUGGUGGGAUACUCGUUUGGUUGUUUUAUUGCCUCUUGUGCGGCCAAGUACUAUCCAGACCGGGUCCGCAAACUAGUCUUGUUGGCUCCCGUGGGUAUCCUAGCUCCGGUGCGCAAACUAUGGUUGGCACAGGCUAUAUCCUUUGCCGUUGUUUCGCAAUUUUUGCCCCAAGAUGGUCGGCUAGCAGGAGGUCUUCGAACGUGGUUCUUUGGAAGCAUGAUGGCGGAUACCGCCAGCAUGGAAAACCUGAAAUACCCGGAGCUGCGCAAGGCAUCGGAUGCCGUGGGCGGCCCGCAAGUCAAAGUGCAGCCAACGGUGUGGGAGUUGGAAACCAUGGAGGCCCUGACCAAAGAGAUUCCCACGCUCAUGAUCAUUGGACGGCAAGAGAAUGUUGUAGAUGGGAAAGUGGCCAUUAAAACCGCACAAAAGAUUCGCAGCGGUAUGCAAGUCAAAGUCUAUGAAAAUGCGGGCCACAUGUUCUUUUGCGAGGAACCCAAGGACAGGGUCGCAGGGGACAUUGCCCAGUUCAUAAACAUGGAUGUCGGUAGAUAA